CCUACAGAUUAUCAUCCUGUGCACAUCUAAUUUUCUUUUAAAAAAGAAAAUCCUUUCGGGGUCAAAUGUACAAUAGUGUUGGUAUAUUUAAUUUCUUUGACUCAAAGCUUCCUUGGCAGAAGUGUGAUAGCCUCAAAAAGCUUAACAUUCUCACUUAGUUGUGGGAACACCUGGCAGAAGACCACUGAAAAUGAAGAAUGUCUCAGGAUAUUAACAAGCUCCGAGAAAUGUAUAGAACAUUUAAUAAAUCUUGCUUCAUUCUUGGAGCUUCAGGGGAGACAGGAAAGGUGCUGCUGCAGGAGGUUUUGAAAAGUCAGCUCUUCUCCAAGGUCACCCUGAUUGGCCGUAGGAAGCUAACCUUUGAGGAUGCAAUGUAUGAAAAUGUGAUCCAAGAAGUUGUAGAUUUUGACAAACUAGAUGACUAUGCAUCUGCUUUCCAAGGUCACGAUGUCGGGUUCUGCUGCUUGGGAACAACCAGGGGCAAAGCUGGUGUGGAGGGUUUUAUUCGCGUGGACUAUGAUUAUGUAUUAAAGUCAGCCCAACUCGCAAAAGCUGGAGGAUGCACUCAUUUUAACUUGCAAUCUUCAAAAGGAGCAGAUAAGAGCAGUACAAUGCUGUAUCCAAAAAUAAAGGGUCAAGUGGAAGCUGCAGUUGAAGAACUGAACUUUGACAGAUACAGCAUUUUUCGACCUGGAAUGUUGAUGUGUGACAGACAAGAAUCAAGACCAAUGGAAUGGAUGGCAAGAAAAGUCCUCGUGCCUGUGGCAUACAUGUUUCCAACUGCAAUAACAAUCCCCGUUUUGGUGGUUGCAAAGGCCAUGUUGAACAACGUUGUACUCCCAUCUGAGAAGAAAGUGGAAUUGUUUCACAAUAAGGGUGUUCAUGAGUUGGGUGAACUUGGAGAAACCAAAGAGAAGUAGCAAUUUUUGGGUUUCAUUUUGGAAGAUGUGUUCUCUUUUCAUAUGAUCCAUCCCUCUAAUCUUCUGAAUUAUUUUUGUCCUCACUUGGAUUUCCUCGGGGUCCUUUGGUUGGUGGUGGAGAGGGUGCACAGGGAAGUUGCUUGCAACUCUUUUAACACUGCUGUGUAAGAACCGCUUAAGAGGUACGAGAUAUUGGAUAGUAUGGUGCUCCUUUCAGGAGGUAUUUCACUUGUAUGUUCCAUUUCCCCACACUGUCAAGUCUGAGAUCUUGUAAUCAUAAAGUCAUACAACACAAAAUCAAACCCUUCAGACCAUCAAGCACCCACUUGCACUCAUUUCGUUUUUAUUCUCUCCACAUUCCUGUCAACUGCCCCCAGGUUGUACCAUUCACCUACAAACUAAGGGCAAUUUGCAGUGGGCAAUUAACCUGCCAACCCAAACAUCUUUGGAAUGCAGGAGGUAUCCAGGAGGUCAGGACUGAAACUGGGUCACAAGAGCUGUGAGGCAGCAGCUCUGUCGGCUUCACCACAAUGCUGCCUGGUAGAAUAAGAUGGAAGAUACCAGGUAUGAGCGUGUUGGCCCAUCACUCUGAUAGAUUACUUUAUGGCUGUGGUGCAUAAUGUCACAGAUACACUUUUGUCUAAGGCAUGUGAGGGGAAUUAUUUAAUAGUUAUUCCAUCAGGUUUAUUGUUACCUCCUUAUUUACUGAUCAGAAACUGAGUGAUUAUAGUUACGGCUAAUGUUCUUUGUGUUCGGACAUGUAACCUCUUGCAAAUUUUUAUUUGAUCUUUAAGUAGAUCCUGUGCAUACCUUUGGAAACACAAUUCAGAAUGUUUGCUUUUAGCAGUUUUCCAAAACUUGUUUAAUCCCCCAUAAUAUAUACUGUAACUUUUUUGUGCCAUAUUUGUAAUGGAUUAUUUCUCAUAAAGAGAGAAGAUGGGUGAGAAUAGAAAGCACAAGGCAUAAAUCUAAAAACUAAAUAUAGUGUAUGCUCAAAUACAUGUUGAAUACUGUGACUUCUCAGGACUGUCAAGAUUUUUGAAUGUUCUUGGAUGCCUCUGAAUUUUGGAAAUACUCAACAAUUAUUAAGUAGUCAUCUUUGAUCACAAUGGACUGCUGAAGAAAUAAACUUAUUUGGGGGAAAAGGA